AUGCCCACAGUAAUUUUAUUGGACGUUUCCCUUUCAAUGUCUAGGCCUUUACCUAACAGUGAUUCUACUGAGACUCAUACUCGAUUUACACUAGCUACCGCUGCUAUAAACACAUUUUUAGACUAUUUAUGUGUCCAUGCUAAACUGGAAUAUGUAGCGUUAGUAACAUUUUCAUCAUUAUGUGAAGUUUCAGUUCCAUUUACUCGAGAAUUUGACAAUAUUCGUGUUAAAUUGCCUACGUUGGAAGAAGGUGAUAAAACAUGCAUAGAAACUGCUCUUCAUGGAGUUAACCAGCUUGUUUUGAAUGAGUGGGGUUAUCAGACAGCAGUGCAAAUAAUACUGAUCACUGAUGGUAGCUGUGGUGUGGGUUCUAUUGGAAGGAAUAGGAUUAUUAAAGCAUUGCCACUUCCCCCGACAUACCCUGGCAAAAUUCAUGUGUUACCAAUUGCUUCCCCUCAUGAUACAUCAUUACAACAUGCGAUGCCACUUUAUCAGAAAAUAGUUGACUUGGCAAGCAAUUCUGUGAAUAAUACAAAUGUAACGAUAUCUAGAGGAUCAAUAUAUUGUCCUGAUCAACUUAAUGUACCUGGUGUAAUUGCUGCUAUGACUCGUCUUUGUGAACAACACUAUCAGGAGUUCUGGUGCACCCUCAAAUGUGGGCAGUUGGAGACUAGAGUUCAAUUGUUCCCAGCCCCUCAGCCUGCCUCACAGGACUGUCUCGGAGCCACAUACACCCUGUCCAACCAGUUACAUGUUAUCGGAUUCUUAACACAACAAGAUUUAGGUACCCCGAUAGCAAUAAGCAAGCAUCUUGUUAUACCACAAGCUCAAGUUGGUAGUAAUGCUCCGCAUCGUGAAAACUAUGAUCCUAAAACACCCACAAAGGAAAGUAGCAGUUCUGAAGGCACUUCUACCGAUGAUGAUAUGUCCGACCCGAGCAAAGUUCCCAACUUCUGUGUUCUACUACAUGGUGCUCUUAAGGUUGAAGGUAUGUCAGCAAUAGUUCAGUUGGGUGUUGACUGGUGGGGAACUUUAUCAGCUUGGUGUGAGGUAUCCCGUGCUAGAAGAUCCUGUCUUCUGCUAAGUGUAAUGCGUCCUAGCGCUUCAGCCGCGCCAUGGCUUGGUCCCUUAGAUCAGUUGGGACCCUCUGAAGAUAAUAGCACCUCAACGGAAACAUUUCCCGUUCGUUCAUGGCGAUCAUACAGCGGCGGUUCCGGCUACGCCUGGGCGAGACCACACACAUUGUUGGCGGACGUUCAAAAAGUAUUGCGACAUGCUAGGAAAUUACCCGAUAAGACUCAACAUUUGUAUAAGGAAUUAAAUCGUCUUCGUAGAGCAGCCAUCUCACUCGGCUUCUCAGAGUUACUCACAUGUGUGAGCACGGCCUUAGAACGUGAAUGUACAACGCUUCCCCCCACUGCCCCACCAGAAUGUGCUUUACAACUGGCUCACGCUGCCGCCGCCCUAAGAGACCCCAGAACUGCGUUAGACGUGAAACAUAGUUUACAACCUCUGGAUGCCAACUUUACUGUAACAUCUAUGUCGCAUUAA